UAUCUAGCUCUAUUAACCACAAUAACCAUUAAUUAAUGAACGGCCCCGCCUUUAAAACACGUGGUUGGCUUCACAUUAAAAUGGCGUCUCAAACUGAGUCUUUAUCCGAUGCUCUCUUGGAAGCUCUGGCAGAAAAGGGUCGAGUAGAUUCCUAUGAAUAUGCUACUAGUGUUGGUAAAAAUCAUCAAGACGUGGUUGGAGCAGUAAAGAGUUUGGAGUCCUUUGGAGAUGUUAUAAAGACAGAGCAGAAACAGACUGAAUUGUGGGAGCUGACUGAAGAAGGUAAAGAGAUAGCUGAGAAUGGUUCGCAUGAGGUUAGACUCUUUGAAGCAGUCGAUCAAUCAAAUGGAACACCACAAAAUGAACUGAUG